AUGGCCGCUGACCCGGGCGCCCCGCACGGCGGCCCUCCUCACCAUCCUUAUGCCUCCCAACCCCACGGCCAGAGGACAGCCUCGCGCGCCAGCGUGGCCAAGUGUGUCUACCGUCGCCCUGAAGAGAACUUGAGGCCCGACGAGGUAGGGCCGGAUCCUCCACCUAAUACUGUGGCUGCACAACCUCGCCCUCCGGAUGACCAAGACGUCAUCUCCCGCUUAGCUAGGAUAGAGUCUCUGCUUCAGCAAGCGACUGCUGCCCCCGACCACCGUGACCGCACCGGCCUCGCCCAGUUUGGUCACUUCCGCGAAGGCGAAGGGGUUCCGGGCCAGGUGCCGACCCCUCCGAGCUCGCACAAUGAUCUUACGGCCGUACGUCCCGUGCACCCUUUGCGCUUCAACAUCGGCUUCGAUCUCUCCGGUCUAUCUCGGCUGUCAGGCCACGACUGUCCGCGCGAACUAGCGCCCUUGUGCGCCAGCGACACCUCGGAACGCCAGCUCGAUCUGGAACUAGCCCGCAGCAAGGAUAUCUUCGACUGCGACUAUGUCCACCACGAGUCCCUGGACCUCACCAUGAUGCGCUGUGCACGGCUGCAGCAAGUAUUUUGUCGCGAUGUCCUCCCCUGGUGUCCCAUCUUUGACCAAGACGACUGCGCCGGCGUCGUGAGCCGCGCCAUUGACUCGCAGUUUCGCCACCGUUCUCUCGACUCAUGCCUCGCCCUCUACGUCCUCGCGAUCGGCGCCUUCGCUAAUGACCCGAACCGCUUUUACGACGACCCCGCUCGCUUCCCGGGUGUCGACUACUUCCGCGCCGCUUGCCAGAUCGCGGACGCCGAGCGCCUGAAUGCUAAUACGGUGCGCUACGUACAGUGCCAGAUCCUCCAGUGCUUCUACCUCCUCUAUUGCUUGCGGCCCCUGCUCGCCCACGAGGCUAUCCAGCGCGCCUCCACCAAGGUUGUCGUCCUCCUUCAGCAGCACACGCGCGUGGAGGCGGACCCAACCUUUCGGCAGCAGUGUAUCCGCGCCUACUGGACUUGCUACCUUCUCGAGCAUGAGCUCCAGGCCUAUAUUCCAUGGAGCUCUCAAAUCCUUCAAUGCUUCAACGAGGAUAUGAAACUGCCCCUCAGUCAGUACGACGAGCCUGGCUUUUACUGGUUCCUCGCCGAGAUCACACUGCGGCGCAUUUUCUCCCGCCCGCGCGGGGAUUGGGGUGGAACCAGAUGUUUAUGA